AUGGGGGACCAAAAGGAUUCCCUGAGGAAGAUCAUCACCACACUGGCCGUGAAGAAUGAGGAGAUCCAGAAUUUCAUUUAUGUCCUGAAACAGAUGCUCCAGAAUGUAGAGGCCAAUUCGGACCGGGUGCAGCAGGACCUGGAGGCGGAGUUCCAGUCGCUCUACACCCUGCUGGAGGAGCUGAAGGAAGGGAUGCUGAUGAAGAUUAAGCAGGACCGAGCCAGCCGGACUUAUGAGUUGCAGAACCAGCUCUCUGCUUGCACCAAAGCCUUGGAGAGCUCAGAAGAACUCCUGGAAACAGCCAACCACACCCUCCAAGGGGCAGAAAACCACGAUUUCAGUCAGGCUGCUAAACAGAUCAAGGACAGCAUCACGAUGGCCCCCGCCUUCCGGCUGUCUCUCAAGGCCAAGGCCUGUCUAAUCUCAUCAUGGUGGCAGGAGUUGGCACCAUGUGCCCUGAUCUUCAUCCUGUGCUCUCUUUCUCCCAACCCAGUCCCCAGCGCGCCUGAGAUAGACACGGCCGAGUCCUUGGUGGCUGACAACUGUGUGACGCUCGUGUGGCAGAUGCCAGAGGAGGACAGCAAGAUUGACCAUUAUGUGCUGGAGUACCGCAAGACCAACUUUGAGGGGCCACCCCGGGUCAAAGAGGAUCAGCCUUGGAUGGUCAUAGAAGGAAUUAAGGAAACCGAGUACACCCUGUCAGGUCUGAAAUUUGACAUGAAAUAUAUGAACUUCCGGGUCAAAGCCUGCAACAAGGCUGUCGCUGGAGAGUUCUCGGAGCCCGUCACCCUGGAAACGAGAGCAUUUAUGUUCCGCCUGGAUGGCAGCACCAGCCACCAAAACCUCAAGGUGGAAGACCUCAGUGUGGAAUGGGAUGCCAUGGGUGGGAAGGUGCAGGACAUCAAAGCGCGAGAAAAAGACGGGAAGGGCCGCACCGCAUCUCCGGUCAACUCCCCAGCCAGGUCAGUGCAGUCACCCAAGAGGAUGCCAUCAGGCCGUGGAGGGAGGGACCGUUUCACUGCUGAGUCCUACACCGUGUUGGGAGACGCGUUGAUUGACAGUGGUGACCAUUACUGGGAAGUCCGCUAUGACCGGGACAGCAAAGCUUUUGCCGUCGGGGUGGCCUACCGGAAUCUGGGCAAGUUUGACCAGCUAGGCAAGACGCCUGCCUCGUGGUGCCUCCACCUCAACAACUGGCUCCAGGUCAGCUUCACGGCAAAGCACAACAACAAAGCCAAGGUCUUAGAUGUGCCGGUACCCGACGUCAUUGGCAUCUACUGCAAUUUCCACGAAGGUUUCCUCUCCUUCUACAAUGCCAAAACAAAGCAGCUCCUGCAUACGUUUCGGGCCAGGUUUACUCAACCAGUUCUUCCAGCCUUCAUGGUUUGGUGCGGCAGUUUCCACGUCUAUUCCGGCUUGCAAGUCCCCAGCACCGUCAAAUGCCUUCAGAAGCGGAACAGUGCCACAAGCAGUUCCAACGCCAGCCUGUCUUAGAACCAUGCUAUGGUGUUCGGUUUGCAGGAUUCGGCCUCCCUCACCACAAGAGAGGCCCGCACUGCCUGGAUAAGCAAGGGGGGAAAAAACUUCUCCUACAACAUUCUUUUCAUUUCCCUGCCGGUUCUCCGAUCCGCAUCUGCACCACCACCCGGCCAAAGCAGAUGGACCAGAGAGCAAGCAACACACCAUGAAUGUAUUGGAUUAUUGAUCUGUCUACGAUUGUAAAACACCUCUCUGUAUCGUCAGUCACAGAGUCCUUCCCCC